AUGUCUACCGCGACAUCUGCUACGACCAUCUUUUCGCUUCCCUCCGAGAUCAUUGUGGCUAUCAAUGAGCACAAUCGCCACCAGCAUACUAUCGCAAGCCAGUACAUCGGCAUUACACCCCUCGCUCCAGACGACACCAAUGGUCUUCGACACUCCUCUCAACAUCUAAAGCGAGUCUUCGACUCCAAACUCUACGGGUCUGCAGAGUUCUUCUACUCCUCUUCCGGGUCCGGCAAUCAUAAUCCACACCUACGCCACCCUUCAGCAGCUGCUGAUCUUCUCCACUGGUUCGAUGGACUUGGCGAGCCUGUAAAUGGCCGCAGGGUCAGGAAUCUGAGCCUGGAGAUGUAUGGGCCUGAAUUCCUACUCCUUUUCGCACCUCCUGAAGCCGCAAGUCUGCUUAACCUACCAGCUGGGCGCGGCGACUGGGCAAGAGCAGCGCGGCGACUGCGAGCUCUAUGCCUCAAUCGCCUCACGAUCAGAGUUUUGGCGGAGACUUGUCCACGACCUUGCUCCGCAGGCAAGAGCAACCAUGUGAAAGCCAACAGUGAUGGAUCCACGCCGACACAUUUCGUCGCUGAUCCGGUCUGGGCUGUCAAAGCCGUCCUAGAGACAUGGCUGCCGCAUCUCUCCGAGUAUUGUGAUGUUCAGCUCUUCACCGCUCAUCGAGGCCAAGCCACCCAGCCGACCACUACUCCGCUUACCAGCCUCGACCUCGAGCGCAUCAAACUCGCUUCCUGGAAUACGCUACACAUUGCCGUUGACGCAUGGCACACCUGCGAUACCUUGGACGUCUACGCAAACGCCCCCGAUACUACGAUCUUGCACAAGGCAGCACCGGUGAUUGGUGAUUGGGAUAAGUCUCCAUCGCCUUUCCUCGGUCCGAAGGAUAGACCAGAGGGAAUAGAUAGGUGGGAUUGGUCUUGCUUCCCUUUGAUGGGGGGAUGUGAUGUAGACAUGGAGGUUCAGAUCGAGGAAUGGCAGUGCCCGGGCCCUUACGUAGCGAACGAGGUUGGGUCGAGUGGAAUGACGAGCGGAGAUGAGUGGGAAGCCGUUGCAGAGGCGAAGGGGUAUCGUAUCCCGGUCGUGUUUGUCGGCGCGAAGAGGAGAGCGGCACUGCGGGAGCAUGGUGGUAGACGGGAUGUGGCGGAGGAAUCGCUGGGACGUGAAAUGGGCCUGGCGAGUCUUGGGUUGUGA